AUGAGCUUUGUGGUCCGCCCAUGCGCCCCCAGGGACCUGAAGGACAUUAUGCGCCUGGUCAAGGACAUUGCCAUCAUUUACGACAUCCCUCUGGAAAGCCUUUCCACCAACGUCCAAGAGCUGGAAAAAGCCGGAUUCGGGCCCCGUCCAAAAUUUGAGUGUUUCGUGGCUGAGAUCCCCCCGGAGCGCCGGAAGAACCCCGAAGGUCACAGCCUGGCGGGAUAUGUCCUAUCCUCCUACACCUACAGCAGCUGGAAAGGAAGGAAUCUCUACAUAGACAAUUUUUACGUCAUGCCAGAAUUCAGAGGACUGCGGAUUGGGAACUCCCUGUUGAAGGAGGCAGCCAAGGCCGCCUGGCAACAAGGCUGCUCGGAGCUUCACAUGCAUGUUUCUUACCUGAAGCCCGAAAAUAUGGCUUACCUGGUGAGGCGCGGCGGCGAGAACCUCACGCUCCAAGAUGGCUGGAGGCUGUUUCGCUUUUAUGGAGACCGGCUCCUCAAAAUGGUGGAUCAGAGCAGGGCCUAGCCUCAGAGGGACGCGGCUUUGCGGGG